AUGUAUCCCAAGGGAUUGCUGAACCUGCUGGGUGAGUCCAGUGAGUCAGAGGCGAUUCAGGUGGGCGGGCAGGUUUUACCCAGAAAACAAGGAGAAUUCACUGUGAUCAAGAAGCAGGUAUCGGUGAGGUCACUGUUCCGUUGGCCACCCUAUGGGGCUCCACUGGCUGGGGAGUGUCUGUCUGUACAGGUGGUCAACGGCAGCCGUGUGUUCAGCCCCAGGUCUCUGGGGACCCUGGUGAUCUCCCUGCAGCAGCUACAGACUGCCGGACGUUUGGUGCUGCGGGAGGCCCUAGUGGAUGAGAAUCUGUGCGUAUCCCCGAUGAGUUCCAUCCAGGUGGAGCUUGACCUGAAGUACCAGCCCCCAGAGGGUGCAACUGGAGUCUGGGCAGAAGAGGACUUUGGAGCACCCAUUCGGGACAGCUCGGAGCUGAUCAUUCCCAAUGUGGGGUUCCAGGAGCUGGAGCCUGGGGAGGCCAGGCUGGACCGGUGGGCAGUGGCAUUGGGCCACAGGCUAGCUCAAGGAGUAGGUCAGCAGGACGAUGAAGACAAGGAGCUGGAGCUGGAGGACGAGCCUGAUGUGGAGCUUUCUGGUGUCGUGUUCAGCCCCCUCAAGAGCCGAGCUCGGGGCCAGGCCCGCGGGGAUCCCUCCCAGGGGUCCAGGGGCCAGGACUUCCAGGUGGGGGUCACGGUGCUCGAGGCCCAGAAGCUGGUGGGAGUCAACAUUAACCCCUGUGUGGCUGUGCGUGUUGGGGAGCAACGCCGAGUGACCACCACGCAGCGCGGGACCACUUGUCCUUUCUAUAACCAGUACUUCUUGUUUGAAUUUCAUGAGACCCGGCUUCGCCUCCAGGACUUGCUGCUGGAGAUCACGGUGAGGGGGGUAGGGGUGAGAGGUUUCCGUCAGAGAAGGGGAGCUGCCGAAGCUCCAGGACUAACGCCACCUUUCCAGGCUUUCCGCUCGCAGACUCUCCCCUUUAUGGCCACCCGGAUAGGCACCUUCAGGAUGGACCUGGGCAUUACCUUCGACCAGCCAGGUACUGAACCCUCCCCUCAUGAUGGCCACUUCUGUCAGAAAUGGGCUCCGCUGCACGACCCCCGGGACACCCGCGCCGGGAUCAAAGGCUUCGUCAAGGUCACUUUGUCCGUGAGGGCGCGUGGGGACCUGCCCUCUCCGCUGCCACCCCCGGGCCCGGGCCACAGUUCGGACAUCGAGAAGAACCUGCUGCUGCCGCGUCGGGUGCCAGCCGAGGGGCCGUGGGCGCGGCUCCGCGUGCGCGUGUACCGCGCCGAGGGGCUUCCGGCGCUGCGCCCCGGGCUGCUGGGCAGCCUGGCCCGCGCCCUGCACUACCAGCGCGUCCUCAUGGGCCCCUAUGUGCGGGUGUCUUUCCUGGGGCAGCAGGGCGAGACGUCGAUGCACGGCGAGGCGGCGGCGCCCGAGUGGAACGAGCAGCUGAGCUUCGUGGAGCUCUUCCCGCCGCUGACGCGCGGCCUUCGCCUGCAGCUACGGGACGAUGCGCCCCUGGUCGAUGUGGCCCUCGCCACCCGCGUGCUGGACCUGAGGCAGAUCUCGCAUCCCGGCCGCGCGGUGGGCUUUAACCCCACAUUCGGCCCGGUCUGGGUACCUCUCUAUGGCUCACCCCCCAGUGCGGGGCUUCGGGAUGGUCUUCAAAGUCUCAGUGAAGGCGUUGGCCCAGGCAUUUGGUUCCGCGGCCGCCUGCUGGUGGCUGUGUCCAUGGAAGUGUUGGAAGGGAGAGCUGAACCUGAGCUUCCCCAGGCCCCACAGGGGUCCAGGUUGUCCCGGCUCAUGGGAAAGAAGAAGAAAGCCAGGCGCGCCCAGACUCCAGCGGGGAUUCAGCAGCACCUGGAUGCCAGCUCCAGUGCUGAUGCGCCUGAGAUUCCUAGUGCGGUGGAGGUGGAGGAGUUGCUGCCACUGCCAGAGAACACCCUGGCUCCCCGUGAAGAUUUCUUGCUCUUCACUGUGCUCUUUGAGGCCACCAUGAUUGACCCUGCCAUGGCCUCCCAGCCCAUCAGCUUCGAGAUCUCCACUGGUCAGGCAGGUUACCGGAAGGGACAAUUGAGCUGACCGUCCAGGGCAGGGGAGGGAGCAGAGGGCGUGGAAGGGGAGGCACAGCCUCGGCUGGAAUCGGAUGUGGGAGUCGGACCAGUGGAGGAGGAGGAGCUGGGGACCCCUGCUCAGCAGCCGGAGCCCCUGGAAGGCAGCGGGCCGUACUUCUGCUUGCCCCUGCGUCACCGCAAGCCCUGCGUGCGUGUUUGGAGCCGCUGGGAGGAUCACUCCUGGCGCCUGCAGAGCAGUAACUGUGUGCGGAAAGUGGCUGAGAGGAUGGACCAGGGGCUGCAGGAGGUUGAGACUCUGCAGCGCAGGCUGGGUCCUGGGGCCUGUACACGGCUGAAGCAGGCGCUGGAAGAGCUGGUGGCUGGGAGCAGACAGUUUUGCCACGGUGCUGAGAGCAGGACAAUGACCCAGCCCAACGCCCUGGAUUGAUGCGGAGGGAAACUGCUGGUGUAUAGCCUGAACCUCUUGGCAAAGCAAGGACUGCGGCUCCUACGGGGCCUGAGACAGGGCAACGUGCAAGAGAAGGUGGCACUGGCCAAGAAGUUCCUGGCAAAACUGUGCUUCCUGGCCCAGGAGCCGCAGCCACCGCUCCCAGAUGUGCUGGUCUGGAUGUUCAGUGGGCAGCACCGAGCGGCCUGGGCCCGGAUCCCCACCCAGGAUGUGCUGUUCUCUGUGGUGGAGGAGGAACGGGUCCAGGACUGUGGGAAGAUCCAGACUCUGCUGCUCACAGCACCCGGGGCAGCUCCUGGUGAGAUCUGUGCCAAGCUGGAGCUCUUCUUGUGGCUGGGGCUGGGCAAGCAAGCCAAGGCCUGCACCUCAGGGCUCCCCCUGGACCUGCUGCCGGAGUCCUUGGCUGGGCUGCCCCACAGCCUGUACCGGGACGACUUCAGCUACUUCCAGCUGCGGGCUCACCUGUACCAGGCCCGAGGCGUGCUGGCAGCAGAUGACAGCGGGCUCUCAGACCCCUUUGCGCGAGUUCUCAUCUCUACUCAGUGCCAGACCACAUAGAUCCUGGAGCAGACACUGAGCCCCCUGUGUGAUGAGCUCUUGGUGUUCGAUCAGCUGACUGUGGACGGGAGGAGGGAGCUCCUGCAGGAGGAGCCCCCGCUAGUGAUGGUCAACGUCUUUGAGCACAAUAAGUUUGGUCCCCCUGUAUUCCUGGGCGGGGCGCUGGCUGCCCCAAGGGUAGAGCUGACGGAGGACCCUCACCAGUGUCCUGAGCUGCAGUUCUUCCCCCUGAGGAAGGGGCCCCAGGCAGCCGGGGAGCUCAUCGCCACCUUUGAACUCAUUGAACUGGACUACAGUAGCCCGCUUGAGCCUUCAGUGCCCAGUGAUGUGGAGCCCCAGGACCUGACCUCCCUGGUCGAGCCCCUCUCCGGACACCUAUCCUUGCCACCCCACGUGCGUCCAGUGCUUAGGGAGUUCCGUGUUGAGGUACUGUUCUGGGGUCUGAGGGGCCUUGGCUGUGUGCAUCUGUUGGAGGUGGAGCAGCCCCAGGUUGUGUUGGAGGUGGCUGGUUGGCGAGUGGAGGCCGAGGUCCUCGCCAGUUACCGUGAGAACCCCAAUUUCACUGAGCUCGUCAGGCAUCUGACAGUGCUCUUUCCCUACCCCCAGGACUUGCCGGAGCAGCCUUACCUGCAGCCCCCUCUCAGCAUCCUGGUGACUGAGCGCCGGGCCUUUGGGCGCACAGUGCUUGUGGGUUCACACGUUGUCCCCCAUCUGCUGAGAUUCACAUUCCGGGGUCAUGAGGAUCCCCCUGAGGAGGAAGGAGAGGAGGAGACAGGGGACCUCAUGCCUGAGGGACGUCAAGGACAGAGGUCCUUGGAUCCCUUCUUGGCUGAAGCGGGGAUGCCCAGGUGGCUCCUGAAGGCUCCUCUGAAGAAGCUUCCUCUGGGAGGCCUCCUGAAUCAAGGUUCAGAGCUGGAGAAGGACAUCCCAGAUCCUGAAGAGCUUGACUGGUGGUCCAAGUACUAUGCAUCACUGCAGGAGCUCCAGGGGCAGACCAACUUCGAUGAGGAUGAAAUGGAUGACACUGGGGAUUCAAAUGGGGGCAACCUCAUUUCUGUGGAUGGGGAAGCCCAGGACCAGGGUGAGGCUGAAGUCAAAGGCUCUGUGUCCCAGAAAAAAGCAGUCGCCACUCUGAAGAUCUACAACAGCUCCCUGGAGGAAGAGUUUAACCACUUUGAAGACUGCCUGAAUGUGUUUCCCCUGUACCGUGGGCAAGGGGGUCAGGAUGGAGAUGGAGAGGAAAAAGGGUCUGGGAACCUUGUGGGCAAGUUCAAGGGCUCCUUCCUCAUUUAUCCCGAAUCAGAGGCACUGUCCUUCUCUGAGCCCCAGAUCUCCUGGGGGAUCCCCCAAACCCGCCUCAAGCUCCUGGUCAGAGUAUAUGUUGUAAAGGCUACCAACCUGGCUCCUGCGGACCUGAAUGGCAAAGCAGACCCCUAUGUGGUGGUGAGCGCUGGCCAGGAGCGGCUGGACACCAAGGAGCGCUACAUCCCCAAGCAGCUGAAUCCCAUCUUUGGAGAGGUCCUGGAGCUCAGCAUCUCUCUCCCUGAUGAGCCACAGCUGACCGUGGCUGUGUUUGAUCAUGACCUCGUCGGUUCUGAUGACCUCAUCGGAGAGACCCACAUUGAUCUGGAAAACCGAUUCUAGAGCCACCACAGGGCGAACUGUGGGCUGGCGUCCCAGUAUGAUGUGUGAGUCCAACAGGGCCCUCAGGAGGACGGGUACAAUGCCUGGCGUGAUGCAUUCCGGCCUUCGCAGAUCCUAGCAGAGCUGUGCCAACGCUGCGGUCUUCCCCCACCUGAAUACCGAGCCGAGGCUGUCAAGGUGGGCAGCAACUUUCUGACGCCGCCAGAGACCCCGCCUCCAGAGGAGGCCCAGGCAUUGCUGGUGCUGCGGCGCGGGCAGGAGAUGCCGGGGCUUGGGUUCCAGCUGGUACCUGAGCACGUAGAAACACGGCCCCUCUACCAUCCUCGCAGCCCGGGGCUGCUGCAGGGAUCCCUUCAUAUGUGGAUUGACAUCUUCCCCCGAGGUGUGCCUGCCCCACACCCAGUUGACAUCAAGCCUCGGCAGCCAGUCAGUAAGAGAGAGUCAAGAGUCAUCAUCUGGAACACGGAGGAUGUAGUUCUGGAUGACGUGAACCCGCUCACUGGAGAGAUGUCAAGUGACAUCUAUGUGAAAAGCUGGGUGAAGGGGCUGGAGCACGACAAGCAGGAGACAGACGUUCACGUCAACUCUCUGACCGGGGAGGGGAACUUCAACUGGCGCUUCGUGUUCCGCUUUGACUACCUGCCCACGGAGCGCGAGGUGAGCGUUCGGCGCAGGCCUGGACCCUUCGCCCUGGAGGAAGCCGAGUUCCGGCAGCCGGCUGUGCUGGUCCUGCAGGUCUGGGACUACGACCGCAUCUCUGCCAACGACUUCCUUGGAUCCCUGGAGCUGCAAGUACCGGACAUGGUGCGUGGGGUCCGGGGUCCUGAGCUCUGCUCCGUGCGGCUGGCCCGGGAUGGGGCCGGGCCAAGGUGUAAUCUGUUUCGCUGCCGCCGCUUGCGGGGCUGGUGGCCUGUGGUGAAGCUGCGGGGGCCGGAAGACGAGGAGUCGGAGCAGCGGGAGGCUCAGGCUGGCAAGAAGAGAAAGAAGAAGAGGAGGAAGGGCCGGCCAGAAGACUUGGCGUUCUCGGACUCAGGAGGCAACGUCUACAUCCUCACGGGGAAGGUGGAGGCAGAGUUUGAGCUGCUGACCGUGGAGGAGGCUGAGAAACGGCCAGUGGGGAAGGGGCGCAAGGAGCCGGAGCCCCACCCCGCCCUCCCUGAGAAGCCCAACCGCCCCUGAACCUCCUUCACCUGCUUUGUGAACCCGCUGAAGACCUUCGCCUUCUUCGUCUGGCGCCUGCUGCUGCUGGCGCUGGCCACCGUCCUCCUCCUCGUCUUCUACCCCACGCCCGGCCGGAUCAGCCAGCUCAUCUUCCGCCCCCUCCACCGCCGCUAACUGGCCCUGGACACUCAUCCCGUAAUGCCAGCUCCUCAGCUCCUGCUCUCGGCGGCCUUUCCACCGAUACGAACCAUCCGGGAGUUCCCUACUUGCUCUACAUAAACCUUAUGGGGGACUCCGCUCUGUCACCUGAACGCCUACUGCGGAUAAUAAAUAAUACUGGGGCCAGAGAACAGAGGUAUUCUUGGGUGACCUCGGCUGCGGGGACUCUCUGGACUAAUGAAUACACACGAUGGGAGGCUGCUCACUGGCC